CCUAUUCUCAAGUCACAAAAAAAGAACCAGACACCAGUCCCAACCCUUCGGCUUCGUCAAUCGUCUGAUCGAGGGAAACUCAAGGACUUGUCACUUCCAUCCAUCCGUACCCAUACCAUGACUAGCGUAGUCCCCGAAGGAUGCGUGUGCUCCAAUUUGCCCACAUCGGAAGGAAUCCCAUCCAAGAGUCCUAAAUCCUGCGAAAACUCGAACAGCAAAGUCGUUUCCGAAAUUCUCACUAAAGGCACGCCGUAUAAAGAGAUCGAGGCCAUUAUCAACGACAAUUACAUGGUGAUGAGAAUCGAGAAAGUUCCCGUAGAUAACGAGUGGAACCCUCCUUGCGAUUGCGACGAUAACCACCUAGGAAAACAAAAUCGACGUGGGAGUAACGGUCCAAUUCAGUUCAAGGAUAACGUCAUUUUUCAAAAAGCUGAAUCCGCACAAAUUCCGCCAGAGGAAGGCGGAACUGACUAUAGAACUGUUACGACUUUUCCGGAAUUCGUGAUAGACGCGCCGACUCCUGGAAAUGUCGGCGACGACGAAAAUAAAGAUAAGAAGGACAAACCACUUAUAGAGAGAGAAGAGAAUCCUAAUAUUUUCCUCUUAAGGAUUAGAAAGAGAUGUGAAUACGGCGAGAGGAAGCACAGCAUCGACCUCGAAUUUCGUGCACCAAGGCCUUGGAAGAUGGAACCAAAUCCUGCGUAAAAUGCAAAUCAGGGACGAGCUGUACAACUUUAAUUACAACCUUUCAUUCCACCGAGGGAAAUGUUGCGCUUUUGUUAAUAUUAUUAAACAUUUCAAUUUCUUAAACGUUUAUUUUUCGCUGCUGGUUCUAAAACGCUCGGUAACGCUCAAAAACGCUCUUGAAACGCUCGAAAACGCUCGAAACCGCUCUGAAAAUAAUCGAGAUACUCUCGAAAACGUUAAAAAACGGUCGAAAAACGCUCGAUAACGCUUGAAAACGCUCGAAACCGCUCUGAAAAUAAUCGAGAAACGCUCGAAAGCGCUCGAUAACGGUCAAUAACGCUCGAAAACUUUCGAAGACGUUCCAAAACGCCUAAAAACGCUCGACAACGCUAUUAGGUAAAUGUAAUAGUCAUGCGCGAAGUGACUCGGCUUAUGUCCGCAGUUAGGUAAGCCUCGGGAGGAUUUUUCGCAUUUUUCGAGUCUCACGCAUACUUGGC